AUGGCGUCCUUCUCUGCCGCUCUCGUCGCGCUGCUGGCCGCGAGCUGCGUCGCGGCGGCGGCGGCUACGACGUUCGACGUCGGCGACGGGCACGGCUGGCAGACCGGCCUCGACUACACGACCUGGACGUCCGACAAGACCUUCGCGGUCGGCGACACGCUAGUGUUCAACUACACGAGCAAGGCGCACACGGUGACGGAGGUGAACAAGAGCGGCUACGACGCCUGCACGGGCGGCAACUCGCUGAGCAACGAUGACAGCGGCGCCACCACCAUCAUGCUCACCACACCCGGCGUGCACUACUUCAUCUGCGACGUCCCCGGCCACUGCGCCGGCGGCAUGAAGCUCGCCGUCACCGUCACGGUCGCGGGGGGCUCGACGACGGGAGGCACAAUCCCUGCCGGCGCCGCCGGGGGAUCCCUCGUGCCGGCGAUGAGCGCCAUCGUUGUCGCCGCCGCCGCCGGGGCUCUGGUCCCGCUCGCGCUGUUCUGUUGA